UUGUGUUGGGAGGCAUUUGUUUUACUUUGAGUUGAACGACACUGGGAAUGAAGUAAUUCCCAGCUGUUUGAAUAAAGUUUGUUUGUUUCUCCACGGACUAAGUUUAUUACUACCUACCUGGGCCUGGGUCACAACAAUACCUGUGCGUUUGGUUUUUCUUGCCUCAGUGUAAAACCUUACUUUUCUCUACACUGAAUUUCAUUUUGUUAGAUAGGACCUGCUGUUCAAGCCUGCCGAGAUCCUUCUGGAUCUUGAGACUAUUUUCUGGACUAUUGGCGAUUCCUGCCAGCUUGGCGUCAUCUGGAAAUCUCAUGAGUCCCGCUUCUAUCCCCUCGUCCCAAUGAGGCCGAACAAGAAUGCUCUUGCCAUUGGCUUGGAGGUUCCCUGGCUCCAGGCAAUGAAGAUCCAUUUGCCCAGUAUUUCUCUCGGCUUUAUGAGGUCACAUGGAAACAGCAUCUUUUAAACAAUGCCCAAGGUUCCAUUCCAAUCAGCCUCUAAGAGCUUCCACAGCAGGAAACGGAUCAUCCCCCGAUGACCACACGCCAUGGAACAGACACUAAAUGGCUGAACGCAUACGUCAACCAUGUGACCAAACUUCUCAUAACCACGGCCUACAGCAUCAUGGACGAUGCUGCUAUCCUUAAAAAGAGAGGCUACAUCAUGGGCGGGAAUUUAGGGGAAGGAUCCUACGCCAAAGUGAAAUCUGCCUACUCGGAACGGCUGAAGUUCGAUGUAGCGAUCAAAAUCAUCGACCGGAAGAAAGCGCCUCCAGAUUUCCUGGAGCGGUUCCUGCCGAGAGAAAUUGACAUCUUGGCCAAAGUUAACCACCACUCCAUCAUCAAAACCUACGAGAUCUUCGAGACCUCCAAUGGCAAAGUCUACAUCGUGAUGGAGCUCGGCAUCCAGGGCGACUUGCUGGAAUUCAUCAAGCUGAAAGGGGAGAUGCCCGAAGACAUCGCUCGCAAGAUGUUCCGUCAACUGUGCACCGCCAUUAAAUAUUGCCACGACAGCGAUAUCGUGCACCGGGAUUUGAAAUGCGAAAAUCUUCUACUCGACAAAGAUUACCACAUUAAACUUUCAGACUUUGGUUUCGCCAAACGCCUGGUUCGGGACGAAGACGGCAAAGUUAUUUACAGCAAAACAUUCUGCGGUUCCGCUGCUUACGCCGCCCCGGAGGUCCUGCAGGGAAUCCCUUACGAGCCCAAAAUUUACGACAUGUGGAGUCUGGGUGUUAUCCUCUACAUCAUGGUCUGCGGCUCCAUGCCUUACGACGACUCAAACAUCCGGAAAAUGUUACGGUUGCAGAAGGAGCACAGGGUGCAUUUCCCCAAAUCCAAAAACCUGACCAUCGAAUGCAAAGAUCUCAUUUAUCGCAUGCUUCAACCCGACGUGUCCCGACGGUUGCGCAUCGAAGAGGUUUUAAGUCACAUAUGGAUGCAGCCCGGCAAAAUCAAAGCGCUGUCGGCCACGUCCAUCGGAAAGAACGGAGAGAGCUCGCGGAGCACGGCCGAGCAAAAGACGGAGCACCGAUCCGAACGGGAGAAGAACCCCAAAAGCGAAUCGAAACAGACCAUCGCCUCCACCGUGGCUCCUCGGCUGGAAGCGGUUGAAGAAGUGGAGGAAGUCAUCGAAGGAGACAAGCGCGACGAAGAAGAGGAGAAGAUUGCAGAAGAGUUUGAAAGGAACCUUUGACGUUCUUCCUUCGACAGACGCCCUCACCCCAAAGCAGCAAGACCCCUCGCAUAAGAGGUAGCCUAGCUAACCGACUGGAGAGAGCGGUGUGUGGAAUAAAGAUAGGAGCUAAACCGGAGGACGCGAUCUGAAACUAAAGGCCGCAUACUGAACGAGUCUUUCUGAAUCAGCACCUUAUUGUAGGCUAAAAGGCCGUUUUAUUAAAUAUUUUUUUAAAUGGAUAAAAACGCUGGGCUGUAGCUGGCAACUACGGAUGAAUCUUACCCAGACAUGCAGAAAGGCAGGAAGAUGUGGUUCAACUCCAGGAAUGGGACAACUCUCCGUGGCCAACUCUCCGCGGCUAACUCGCCAGAGGAUAAUUCAAUAAUUCAAUUUAACAUUUAAAAUAUAUAUAUAUAUUAAAACAUAUUUUAAUGUUCGUCAUUCACAUUUCAUUUUGUCCCUCCUUUGCCAUCCUUGCUUUAAUGAUUCUAUAGUCCCAUUUCUUCGAUAUUUAGUGUAACUCUGGUCCUGCGGCGAGUUGGCCCGAGGAGAAUUGGCCAUGGUAUUUUUAGGUGCUCCGUCACUGGAGGUUUUUAAGAAGAGAUUGGACAGACACCUAUCUGAAAUGGUAUACGGCCGUGAUGGCGAACCUACGACACGUGUGGCAGGCUGCACAUGUGUGCUGUUGCCAGCUGGUUUUCUGAUUUCCGGCGCGCCAGCUGAUCUUCACGUGUACCGGAGCACCGGAAACCCGAACACCAGCUAGCCGGGUGCAUGCACGUGCCGGCACCUGGUCUUGGGGUUUCCGGCGGGCAUGUUUCGCGUGCACCGGAGUGCUGGAAACCCAAAGACUAGCUGGCCAGCUGGUCUUCAGGUUUCCGGUGCUCCAGCACAUGCAUGCACAUUCCGGUUUGGGCACUCAGUGCCGAAAAGUUCACCCUCACUGGUAUAGGGUCUCCUGCUUGAGCAUGUUGUGACCCAGACCCAAGUAGAUAGUAAUAAACUUAGUCCGUGGAGAAACAAACAAACUUUAUUCGAAUAGCUGGGAAUUACUUCAUUCCCAGCGUCGUUCAACUCAAAGUAAAACAAAUGCCUCCCAACACAAAUUCCUCAGUUAUCUAACAAACCUUAGUCCAAUUAGGCAAACUACCAAAGGCCCUUCGUCCAGAAGCCGCAUAAACAAAGACGCAGAUGAAGCAGAAGACGCAGCUACAACGUUGUUUUCCGGCAAAGGCCAAAACGCCAGUGGUGGUCUAUUUUAAGCCUUACGGCCAAUCAUCUCUUGGCCCUAUUCCUGAGUUGUCCUCUUUGCUUGAGCUGCUCUUGCCUUUGCAGCUCUUCUCAUGCGUGCAUUAGGAACAGGCUCCUCCUGUUCCUCUGCCUCACUACUCUCAGUCUCUGGAGGCUCUGGAGUCCGCACCUCACUUCCCGAUGGCCCUGGCCUCACCUCAGCCUCAUCGCUGUCCGACUCCGUUGCCAACUCCGUAGGCUGCUGACAGACCACAACAGAGCAGGGGGUUGGACUAGAAGACCUCCAAGGUUCCUUCCAGUUCUAUUCUGAUUGAAAUACACUUUACCCACUUUGAAAGCCCCAUUCACAAAAGAGACAUGAUCCUGUGACCUCUAACAGCAAUUGCAUAGAAUUCCUUCCAGUUUCUAGCAAAAAAAUAACCACCACCAACCAUUGGGGAAAAUGGUUCACUUAACGGCCAAAGUCGUUGCUUAAUGCAUGCUGCAAAAAAAUGUCCCCAUAAAAAAAAGGGGGUCUGGUCACAUGAGGCCUUGGCUUACAAUCACAAUGACUUACAAUCUUAAUUCUGGGACUACUUGAGUAGUCCUUGAUUUAUGACCACCAAUUGAGCCCAACAUUUCUGUUGCCAGGCAACAGCUGUUCAGUGAGUUUGGCUCCAUUUUAUGACCUUCCUUGCUGCAGUUGUUAAGU